AUGGCUCUGCACUAUGUUGUGCAACCUCACCGUUAUGAUAUUCUUGAAGACAUCGGCUGCCAGCCUGCGAUAUACAACACGCUACCGGCAUACUUUCUCGUUUUCAUGUGGCCGAUCCUUCUCGGCGCAAUCUCUUUUGUGUAUUCUGCUCUCACCUUCCGCGCUUUUUGGAUGCGUCGCCUUCAAUUUGCUCAACUCGUAUCAACAAAUUCCUCCCUCAGCAUCGGUCGCUACGUUCGCCUCAUGAUGCUCGCCGUGACCGACAUGGCGCUGACAGUCCCACUGGGGAUCUUCAGUGUCGUCUUCGGCACACAGGGCGUCGGCCUUGCGCCCUGGAUAUCCUGGGAGGACACGCACUUCAACUUCUCCCACGUCAUUCAAGUCCCUGCUGAAUUCUGGAGGACCAGUCCGUCGUACCAGGUCAGCGUGGAGCUUACGCGCUGGUUGUUUGUCGCGUCCGCGUUUAUCUUCUUUGGGCUGUUUGGAUUUGCUGGAGAGGCCCAGCGAAAUUACAAGCUCGCGUUCUGGAAGAGCGUCAAGCCUCUGGGAUGGACGCCAUCUAAUACGAAGAAAUCAGAGAUCGUUUCGUUGCCGAGUUGGAGGAAGGCCGCUGACUCGAAGAACGUCUCCAUCUCCGACCCCGUUUUCCUUGGUAAAAACAGCCAAAACCUAUCCGGGAAAGCUUCGACGACGUUCAGCGUCGCCUCGUCCACGGACGCGACCGUCCGCGUCGAUAUCGACAUCGAGAAGUUCGCCGAUCAGCCUACACCCUCAACACCAGCUCCUGCCUACGUCUACCCACCGCCUUCAUCAUGUUAUAGCUAUACCAUCACGACUGACGUCUCUCCGUCGUCUUCUGCGACACCUCACGACCCUCAUUGGCCAGUGCAUCGCUGA